GCACAGUAUAAAAACUAGGUGAAUGAAAGAAAAAGAAAGCAAGUUCCUAGAAAAAAAAAAAAAAGAAAAAGGAAAAUAGCAGAAAGUAUGUAUGAAAAUGUAACCUCAGAACUUUGCGAAAAAAAAAGAAAUUGUAAUCACAGAAAUCAUCAACAGAAAAAUUGUAAUGUGACGUGAGAAAAAGUGCUGAAGUCAAAUCAUCAUUGUUUUUAGUUUUGUUGUUCAAAGGUUUUUCUGUUAUCUUUUUGUCAACGCGCAAAAGUUCCAUUGUUUUUGUCAAUUACACGUAAAGUUAAACUUUUAGUACCCGUUUUUUUUUUUAAGAAAAGAAAAGAGAGAGAGAAGGAAGAACUCGUGCUCAAUUGCUAUACUCUCUCUCUUUCCCUCAGGCGUCCUCAAUCACCAUUCACCAACUCUCUCUCUCUCUCUCUCUCUCUCUCUCUCUCUCUCUAUGCAGAGAGAGAAAACCUAAAGCGAGAAAGUUCCACAGCUGUCAAGGCCGAUUCGAUUGACGGUUUUCGAGCUCCGAAUUCGGAAUAAGUUUUGGAUUCGAAUCUACGCAAUGAGUUCGAAUUCGGAGUUUGUUCAGAAGCUUGAGUCUUUGCUUGGGGUUUCAUUUGGGGGUUCGGUCACGGACUCGAUGAUAUUGAUUGUGACGACUUCACUGGCGGUGAUAUUUGGGGUUUUGGUGCUGGUUUGGAGGAAAUCAACGGAUCGGAGCAAGGAGGUGAAGCCUAUGGUGGUGCCGAAGCUCUUGGUUAAGGAUGAAAAUGAUGAGCUUGAGGUUGGCUCUGGUAAGACCAAGGUCUCUGUCUUCUAUGGUACUCAGACUGGUACCGCUGAGGGCUUUGCUAAGGCAUUAGCAGAAGAGAUCAAGGCAAGAUAUGAGAAGGCAGCUGUCAAAGUUAUUGACCUGGAUGAUUAUGCUGCGGAUGAUGAUCAAUAUGAAGAAAAGCUGAAGAAGGAGACUUUGUCAUUUUUUAUGGUGGCCACUUAUGGAGAUGGAGAGCCAACAGAUAAUGCAGCUAGAUUUUUCAAAUGGUUUACUGAGGGAACAGACAGGGGUGCUUGGCUUCAACAUCUCAGAUAUGGUGUUUUUGGUUUGGGUAAUCGGCAAUAUGAACAUUUCAAUAAGAUUGGGAUUGUGAUUGAUGAAAAACUCAGUGAACAAGGAGCAAAGCGUCUCAUUCCUGCCGGCCUUGGUGAUGAUGAUCAAUGUAUUGAGGAUGAUUUUUCUGCUUGGAAAGAAUCGUUGUGGCCUGAAUUGGAUCUAUUACUUCGAGACGAAGAUGAUACAGCUACUGUAUCUACACCAUAUACAGCUACAGUUCCUGAAUACAGGGUUGUGAUUCAUGAUCCUAAUGUUACCUCUUUUGAGGAUAACUACUUGAAUACGGCAAAUGGGAAUGCUACUUUUGACAUUCAUCAUCCGUGCAUAGUUAAUGUUGCUUCACAAAAGGAGCUUCACAAGCCUGAGUCUGAUAGAUCCUGCAUACAUCUGGAGUUUGAUAUAUUUGGAACUGGUAUAACGUAUGAAACUGGAGACCAUGUGGGUGUUUAUGCAGAGAACCUUGAUGAAAUAGGUGAAGAAGCUGGAAACUUGCUAGGUCAACCUCUAGAUUUGCUGUUCUCUGUCCACACAGACAAUGAGGAUGGUUCUCCCCUUGAAAGCUCUUUACCUCCUCCAUUUCCUGGACCUUGCACACUUCGCAGUGCACUGGCUCGAUAUGCUGAUUUGUUAACCCCACCACGAAAAGCGGCCUUAAUUGCUUUGGCUUCACACGCAACUGAACCAAGUGAAGCAGAAAAGCUGAAGUUUCUAUCGUCACCUCAGGGGAAGGACGAGUACUCAAAAUGGGUCGUUGGAAGUCAGAGAACUCUUCUUGAGGUAAUGGCUGAAUUCCCAUCAGCAAAGCCUCCACUUGGUGUAUUUUUUGCUGCAGUUGCCCCUCGCUUACAACCUCGUUACUACUCAAUUUCUUCUUCACCACGGUUUUCCCCUCAUCGUGUCCAUGUUACAUGUGCUUUGGUUUAUGGUCCAAGUCCCACUGGCAGAAUUCACAAAGGAGUGUGCUCAUCCUGGAUGAAGAAUGCAGUGCCUCUCGAGAAGAGUCAAAAAUGUAGCUGGGCUCCUAUUUUUAUUAGGCAAUCUAAUUUCAAGUUACCUGACGAUCCUUCAAUCCCGAUUAUCAUGGUGGGACCUGGAACUGGUUUAGCACCAUUCAGAGGAUUUCUGCAGGAAAGGCUGGCUCUUAAAGGGGAAGGUGCUCAACUUGGUCCUGCACUUCUAUUUUUUGGAUGUAGAAAUCGUAGAAUGGAUUUUAUCUACGAGGAUGAGUUGAACAAUUUUGUAGAACAAGGUGCAAUGUCAGAGUUGAUUGUUGCAUUCUCACGAGAAGGGCCACAAAAGGAGUAUGUACAACAUAAGAUCAUUGAUAAACUUCAUGAUCAGGCAUCUCAAGUUUGGAGCUUGAUUUCGCAAGGGGGAUACCUCUAUGUAUGUGGUGACGCCAAAGGCAUGGCUAGAGAUGUUCAUCGAACUUUGCAUACCAUGGUACAAGAACAGGAAUGUGUGGACUCAUCAAAGGCCGAGUCUCUAGUGAAGAAACUACAGAUGGAUGGGCGAUAUCUUAGGGACGUCUGGUGACAGUUCUAACUUUCUAACUUCUAUUAUUCUGUAGCAUUCUUGAAACAAACAUAGUAGACUUUGUUCGUCCUCAGUCUCAGGCUUCGAAUGGUAAACAUCAACCUCUGGAGAUUAUAAAGGCCAUAUUUGCACUACUGUGCUGGUAACUGAACCCAGUUUCCUCCCCGUAAAGGUUUGAAAUAUAUUUGGUAGAUUUUAUUUUUCCUUUUCCAGAAAAGGGUAAUUUUAUUGUAGGAAAUAGGGUAUGAGCUAGUUACAAGGAUUCGGAAAAACAUAUAAUAUUUUAUUGGAUGGCAUUGUAAUGAAUAACAUAACGAAAUAAUGGUAGAGAAGUAUUAAGGUCGAAGCCUGCUCCUGAUUUGGGUGAAAGCCAGAAUACUUAUUUUAAUUUCGCUCUUAA